AUUACUCCAAAAUCCAGAAGCUCCAUUAAUGGAGUUCUGGCUCGUCCUCAUCCUCUCGAUCUGUCUCUGUGUAGCCCUCAAACUAUUAGUCGAUCUAGUUUCUCACAACAAAUCCAACCAAACAAAUCUCUCUCUUCCACCAGGACCUAAUAAAAUAGCCUUAAUAGGCAGUAUCCUUUGGCUUCGGGGAUCAUCGUCCUCACAAAUUGAGCAAUUCCUCAGCAACCUACGCCACAAGUAUGGCCCCAUCUUCACCAUCCAAAUCGCCUCACGACCAUCGAUCCUCAUCACGAGUCACUCCCUUGCCCAUCAAGCCCUCAUUGAGAACGGUGCUACCUUUGCCGACCGCCCACCAGGCAUGGACCCCAUUCGCAUCAUCAAUAGCAACCAACACAACAUCAACUCCGCCCCCUAUGGCCCUCUGUGGCGGCUCCUCCGUCGGAAUCUCACCUCCGAGAUCCUCCACCCUUCUCGGGUUAAAUCCUUUGCUCAAGCUCGCAAAUGGGUCUUAGAGAUAUUGACAGAACGGUUGAGACAUCAUGUUGAAUCUGGGGAACCCGUACGAGUGAUGGAUCAUUUUCAGUACAGCAUGUUUUGCUUGCUAGUACUCAUGUGCUUGGGAGAAAAACUAGAUGAGAAAAUCAUCAGAGAGAUCGAAGAAGCGCAGAGGACCCUUCUAGUCAAUGAGGGAAGAUUUGCAGUCCUUGUUUUAUUUGGAAAAUUCGGGAAAAUAGUCUUCAGAAAACGCUGGCACCAAUUUCUUGAGAUGCGCCGCAGACAAGAAUCUGCUCUCGUUCCAUUAAUAAGAGCCCGCAGAGAAAGAAAGGAGAAGAAACAAGAGAACCCAGAUGAUGAAUUUGUAAUCUCCUACGUCGAUACACUAUUUGAUCUUCAAAUCCCGGACGAAGGAGGACGAGAGCUCUCUGAGGAAGAAAUGGUGACCCUCUGUACGGAGUUUCUAGACGCCGGCACCGACACGACAUCUACAGCGUUGCAGUGGAUCAUGGCAAACCUGGUGAAGCACCAGGAAAUCCAAGAGAAGCUCCAUUCUGAAAUCGAAGGAGUUGUUAGUUCAGGAGAAGAGAGGAUCAAAGAAGAGGAUUUGCAGAAGAUUCCAUUUCUGAAGGCAGUAGUUUUGGAAGGGUUGAGGCGACACCCACCAGCCCAUUUUCUGCUGCCUCAUGCUGUGACGGAAGAUACCGUGUUGGAGGGACAUGUUAUACCAAAGAAAGCUACGGUGAAUUUUAUGGUUGCUGAGAUGGGGUGGGACCCAGAAGUUUGGGAAGAUCCAAUGGAAUUCAAGCCAGAGAGAUUCUUGAGCAAUGAAGGAGAUCAAGUAUUCGAUUUAACAUGGAGUAGGGAGAUUAAGAUGAUGCCCUUUGGUGCUGGAAGGAGGAUUUGCCCUGGACUUGGGUUAGCCUUACAUCACUUGGAGUAUUUUGUGGCCAAUUUAGUUAGGGAUUUUAAAUGGACGGCUGUGGAUGGUGACGAUGUUGACUUGUCAGAGAAGCAAGAGUUCACAGUCGUUAUGAAGAACCCAUUGCGGGCUCACAUGUCUCCAAGGGUACAAUAAGGGAUCAACAAUGGUUGAAUCAAGAUAAUU